AUGGCGUCGCGCCGGCUCGCCAGCGUGGUCGCCAUCGCGGCGCUCGCUUCGAGCGCCGCCGCGCUCUACAUCAAUGGCUCAGUUACCGCGCCAUGCGACUCGCCGCUCUACUGUCAGGGUGACAUUCUCAAGGCAAUUGAGCUCGCGUCUCCAUUCUCCGACUCCAAGACAUUCGUGGAUAUGCCAACUACCAAACCCCUCAACGAGGUGAUCCUGGCUUUCAACCAGCUCACCCAACCCCUGAGCAACAACUCAGAGCUCAACGACUUUCUCGCCGCAAACUUUGCGCCCGCCGGCGGCGAGCUCGAAGACGUGCCAGUCUCGGAGCUGAAGACGGACCCCGUGUUCCUGAAGAAGGUCGACGACGGCGUCAUCAACGAGUUUGUCAAUGCCGUCAUCGACAUCUGGCCCGACCUCACCCGCCGAUACGCCGGCCCGGGCAACUGCACGGAAUGCGCCAACAGCUUCAUCCCCGUGAACCGCACCUUUGUCGUAGCUGGUGGCCGCUUCCGCGAGCCCUACUACUGGGACUCGUACUGGAUUGUCGAGGGCCUCCUCCGCACUGGCGGCGCCUUCAUUGAGAUCUCCAAGAAUAUCAUCGAGAAUUUUCUGGAUUUCGUCGAGACUAUCGGCUUCGUCCCCAAUGGCGCUAGAGUCUAUUAUCUCAACCGUUCUCAGCCCCCGCUGCUGUCUCAGAUGGUACGCGUCUACAUUGAGCACACCAACGACACGAGCAUCCUCGAGCGGGCCGUGCCGCUGCUGAUUAAGGAGCACGACUUUUGGAUGACGAACCGCACUGUCGACAUUACGGCCCCGGACGGAAAGAAGUACACGCUCAACAGGUACCACGUCCAGAACAACCAGCCCCGGCCAGAGUCGUAUCGCGAGGACUGGAUCUCUGCCAACAACGGGUCGUAUUACGCCCAGUCGGGCAUUAUCUACCCGCAGAAGACGCCUCUGAACGAGUCCCAGAAGGCCGACCUAUACGCUAACCUCGCGAGCGGCGCCGAGUCUGGAUGGGACUACGGCACACGCUAUCUCGCUCGCCCUAACGACGCGGCACUUGACGUCUACUUCCCCUUGCGCUCCCUCAACGUGGUCAACAUCGUGCCGGUUGAUCUGAAUUCAAUCCUGUACCAGAACGAGGUGGCUAUUGGCAACUUUCUCAAGGCAGCAGGCAACGACACCGGAUCCAAGACAUGGGCCGCCAAGGCAAAUGCGCGGAGCCAGGCUAUGUACGCUCUCAUGUGGAACUCGACGCUCUGGUCAUACUUUGACUACAACCUGACGAGCAACUCGCAAAAUAUCUACAUCCCCCUAGAUUCUGAUGCUACACCGGCCGAAGAGGCCACGGCGCCCAAGGGCUACCAGGUGCUGUUUGAUAUUGCCCAGCUGUACCCAUUCUGGACUGGCGCGGCCCCGGAACAGCUCAAGAACAACCCUCUUGCCGUGCAGCAGGCCUAUUCUCGCGUCGAGACUAUGCUCGAUGUCAAGGCAGGCGGCAUUCCCGCAACCAACCUCCAGACAGGCCAGCAGUGGGAUGAGCCCAACGUUUGGCCGCCCCUGCAGCACGUGCUGAUGAAGGGCCUGCUCAACACGCCCGCCACGUUUGGCACGGCCGACCCGGCGUACGUGGCGGUCCAGGACCUGUCGCUGCGUCUGGCCCAGCGCUACCUCGACUCGACAUUCUGCACGUGGUACGCGACGGGCGGCUCGACCAGCCAGACGCCCAAGCUCCAGGGCCUCGGCUCCGACGCCGUCGGCGCCAUUUUCGAGAAGUACGCCGACAACUCGACCAACGUGGCCGGCGGUGGCGGCGAGUACACCGUCGUCGAGGGAUUCGGAUGGAGCAACGGCGUCCUAAUUUGGGCAGCCGACACGUUCGCCGGCAAGCUCAAGCGCCCCGACUGCGGUAACAUCACGGCUGCCCACGUCACCCCGGGCAAGAAGCGGAGUAUGGAGCGCCGCGCGAUCGAGCUUCACCCGCGGGAUGCCACGUGGACCAAGAGCUUCGGUUCGCGGGCGCCUGAGAACAAGAAUAAGAAGCGCAACUGA